AUGAUAAAAAAAAUACUUAUAGCAAAUCGUGGUGAGAUCGCUGUCCGCAUCAUCCGGACAUGCAAAGACAUGGGGAUUAAGACGGUAGCGAUAUACUCAACCGCUGAUGAAGACGCACUACACGUUAAACACGCUGACGAGGCAUACUGUAUUGGUCCACCGCCAUCAACUGAGAGUUAUCUUAAAUACUCCAAUAUUAUCACUGUUGCGGAUUAUGCGAAUGUCAACGCAAUUCACCCAGGCGCAGGCUUUCUGGCGGAGGACGCACAAUUUGCGGAAAUUUGUGAGGCACACCAGAUAAAGUUUAUCGGACCCUCCAUCACAGAUAUCGCCACGAUGGGUGACAAAGUGAGGGCACGCGAAACUGUGGCAAAAGCGGGGCUGAAACUUGUACCCGGCAGCCAGGGCGGUAGGCGUAAAAAUAGCAAAAAAGGAACAGUGGACACCGCCGAGGAUGCCGCGCAGAUCGGAAUUAAAGCCGUGGCAGGUGGUGGCGGUCGCGGCAUCCGGAUCGCCGAAAAUCAGCCGAGCCUACUGAAUCUUUUUCAUACCGCGAAGGCAGAGGGUGAGGCGGCUUUUGGUAAUGGGGAUGUCUAUAUUGAAAAAUGGAUUGAAGAAGCACGACAUAUUGAGGUGCAGAUUCUGGCGGACACACACGGUAACGUUGUUCAUUUAGGCGAACGGGAGUGCUCUAUCCAGCGUAAACAACAGAAACUCUUGGAAGAAGCACCUGCCGCCUCGAUUCCACCUAAACUUCGUAACGAGAUCUGUAAAGCCGCCGCGAAAGCCGCAAAAGCGAUCGGCUACACAAAUGCUGGGACCAUUGAAUUUGUAGUCGAUAAAGAUGAGAAUUACUAUUUCUUAGAGAUGAAUACACGGAUUCAGGUUGAGCAUACUGUCACUGAGAGUAUCACCGGCAUUGAUCUCAUCAAAGAACAGAUUCGACUCGCAAUGGGGGAUCAACUCGGAUAUAACCAAUCCGAUGUUCAGAUUCAAGGACACGCGAUUGAAUGCAGAAUUAAUGCCGAAGAUCCAGCCAAUCAGUUCAUGCCUUCACCAGGGCUCGUCACAGCCUACCAUCCUCCCGGCGGCAUCGGUAUUCGGGUUGAUGGGUAUCUCUACACGGGGUAUACUGUCCCUUCGCACUACGAUUCACUCGUGGCGAAACUCAUCGCGACGGGCAGGGAUCGAGAAGAGGCGAUUGCACGGUUGAAACGCGCAUUGUCUGAAUUUGAAAUUGAAGGCAUAAAGACCACGAUUCCGCUCUUCCAGACUAUCCUCAACGAUGAACGCUUUCGCGGCGCAACCAUUUUUACCAAUUUUUUAGAAACAUAA